CCUGCGUCGGGUCCGCUCAGGUUCUGGACGCCGGUGAGCGGCCGCUCCGGGGCGAAGCCGCUGGCACCGGCCCUUCAGGACUGAUUUCCCCUGAGGCCUUGAUGGGCGCAUUGCGUCUCUUCACACUUCCUAAAGCGAGGAGACGGCAGCAGAAGCAGCCGCGUAACCGGGGCCGCGUCCCGGGAAGACCCCGGAGCGCCAGGCCCAGACAGUUCACGUUGAGGAAGUGCUGGUCCUCCUGUGAGCGGCGCCCACCUGUGCCAGAGCUCAGCCAUGCAGCCGCCACCCCAGGCGGUCCCGCCCGGUGCUGCUGGGCCUCCUCCGGCCGGGAGUCCUCACGGCGUGCUCUGGGCGCACAGCCCGUACAGGAGACGGGCCGGCGGCAGCGCCGCAACCCCAGCCGCUUGCCCCCCACAGCCCGUGACGGACCCCUUUGUCUUCAGCAGACAGUCCAGGGCCGGCCUGCCUGGCGUCCAGGGCCCAGUGCCCUCAGGUCUCGCCCAGUACCCCGGCGUGCCCGUGCCGCACACAGAUGCCGGGGACAGCUCCCAAGCACCCUGGGAGCCCCCGCCGGGGCCUCUGGCGCAGCCCAGAGCAGACGCCAGUCUGUUUGCUAGUGUGCCGGCCUCGGUGUUGCCUGGGCCGGAGAUGAACAGGGGCGCAGAGCUUGGUCCCGGCUCGGAGCCUGGCGUCCAGAUUCUGCCGUAUCCACCUCACUGCAUUCCAGGAGUGGGUCCUGACGAGCCUCGCGGGGCCCCUGCGCAUGAGAACAUGCCACGGCUUGACUACGACCCGCAUGCCAGUGUGGGGACAGCUGCGGCCGCCGCCUCCUUCCCCCAGCCUUGUCAGCAGGGGCCAGAGCAGUGGGGGCUGGCGCAGGGGGGCCCGCGGCCUGCUGGCCAGCGUCACUCACCCUGCUCGGAGGGGUCACUGCAGAACGCCGGCAUCCUCCCGCUCCCCCUGCCGCCCGGCCAGCCUCGAGGUCCCGGCCCCGAGCAGCACAGCCCAGCACCCGCAGCCGGCGACGGGAGGAAGGAGCCGGCUUGCCCGCAGGGCCGAAACCACUCAGCACACGGCGUCCGUCCUGAAAGCGCGUUCGGGCAGCAUUGCAGAGUUGCAAAUACUUGGGCAAACCAGGAGCUCCGGCAGAAUCCAGGAGUGUCUGGCGCGGCCCUCGUGAACACCCCUGCUCAGGGAAACAGCCCACAGGACCGUCUGCACUGUGCCCCAGGCGCGGGGCCCGGCUGGACGCUGCCCGAGGCAGACUCCGGCGCGCUCUCGAUGUUUUUCCGGAGUGGGGAGACGGAGAAUGAGGAGAACCUCUCAUCUGAACAAGCAGGCUAUGCCGGCACCUCGGCCUUCGACGGGCUGUCCCCCAGCCCUGGACUGGGCCACCCAGCCGCAGGGGCCACGCACCAAGCCUUUCUCAAAGGCCCCCACGGCGAGGGUGUGCAGCAGCGGGGAGACACGCGGCCUUACUUCCCUCAGCCCGAAGGCAUCCAGCCCGAUGCCGGAGCCCCUGCCCACGCUGCCCGUGGUGCGCUGGGUGAUGCGGCGAAUGCAGAGAGGCCCUGCGCCGGUGGCUCCCGGUACGACGACGACGAGAACCUGGAGUUCGCUCAGAAUCAGGAAGUCCUGCCGAGUGAGCCCCCGAGCUUGGCCGACGCCUGCCUGGGGGAUCCGUUCCGAUUCGGGCCCCUGCCCGGGUGCGCUGUCCCCAGACCCGGCACUGUGGGCCUCCCUGGAGGAGAGGGCGCGAAUCUGGAGGCCCCGGACGCGGCGUCGCCCCCCGUGCGGCCAGACGGCCUGUCCUGCGGGUACAGCGGUGCGAGCCACGGGAGGCGCUCGGGGUCGGCCCGGCCCCAGGAGCCGGCCGGCACGUUCAUCCAGCAGGAAGUCGGGAAGCCCGAGGAGGAGGCGGCCGGCAGCUUCUUCCAGCAGAUCGACUCUUCUCCCGUGGGCGGAGAGACCGCAGAUGGCGCUGUGCGGCAGGGUCGCCGCGGCGGCCUGGGCCAGCCGCCCUCGACCCCCAGCCCGCCCAAGCCCGUGGGGGUGUUUCAGACAAGUGCAAACAGCUCUUUUGAACCGGUAAAAUCCCACUUGGUGGGGGUGAGACCGGUGGAGGCAGAUCGAGCCAACGUGGUGGGUGAAGUGAGGGAGACCCCCGCCCAUCAGAAGUGCAAGCCGGCCGCCACGCCGCCCGACGCCUCGCCUGGCAACCUGGAGCAGCCCCCCGACAACAUGGAGACCCUCUUUGCCCCUCAGGUCGGUCUGCCGCCUCUGAGCGCCAGUGCGGAAGCUGGGCACGUGCUCCCGCCCCCGGGGGCGCCGUCCUCGCAGGCCCCUGAGAAGAGGCCCUCGGCCAGGGCUCAGGGGGCCGCGAAGUGUGAGAGCCCGGCCACGACGCUGUGGGCGCAGAACGAGCUGCCGGACUUCGGAGGCAACGUCCUCCUGGCGCCAGCCGCGCCCGCGCUCUACGUGCCCGCCGCGGCUCGGCCGGCCGAGGUGCUGCAGCCUCCCGAGGAGGGGCCGCCUGGGCCGCCGCCGCGGAGCCGAGCCGGCCCCAGCGCUUCCGAGAACCUGGAGAACCCUCCCCGGGCGGGCGAGGAGGAGGCCCUCCCUCCGCAGGCGAGCUGUGGCUACGCCAGUUUGCUGUCCUCGCUGCCCACAGAGUCUCUGCAGAAUCGGCCCGUCCUGAUCGCGCAGCCAGACCACAGCUACCACCUGGCGCAGCCCGUGACCUCCUCCCUGUCCCCACCGAAUGCGAACGAGAAGCAGCAGUCCUGGGGAGACGCCUUGCUGGGGGACAGGUGCGCAGCCGGCGGGCGGGCGCUCGGCGCUGACUCUGGCGACAGCGCCGCGGUGCGUGGGAUCCCGGUGAGCUCUGCUGUGGGCUCGGCCCCGCCGGGCAGCCUGUCCCAGGGCGCUCGUCCACAAGGCUCCGGGGCUUCGGAGGUGCCUCCCAGCCAGCCCGCCGGUUUGCUGGUUCAGCCGCCAUCCCAUCCAGCACCCAAGAACUCGGCCCCAGAAAGCCGAAGGAGUCGCACUGUGGAGAACGUUUCUGCCGAGCUUGGCCACAGCCCUGGCGGCGGCGCGGAGCCGCCCUUGGGUCCGGCAGAUGGGCCGGCGAGUCACUGCAGUAACCAGGAGGAGCCUGCGGGGGCGCUGGACUUCACGCUCAGCCGGACCUCGGAGCGUCCCGACAGCUCCGCCCCGCAGCCGAGACAGCCUGGGGUGCAGGACCCGGGGCGUUUUUAUCAGCAGGUGAUGGCAGAUGCCCAAGAGCAGCCCGCUCUGGAAGGGGCGCAGCGAGAGCUGGGGCCGCCCCAGCACCAGGUGUCCCCGCCGCAGGUGCCCAAAGCAGCAUUGUCAGAACCCCCUUCGAACCCGGAGAGUCCGCCCGGCCGGGGACGCUCCCAGCACCCAGUCCCGUCUCCCGCCGCCGCGGGCCAGCCGCCGCCGUCCUCCAGCGCCUCGGUGGUGCCUGCUGGCUCAAGCCAGACAGCUGUGCGGUCAGAGCAGCCGUGGCUGCAGCCGAAUGCGUUCGGCCCCCCGCCCCAGGCCCUGGCGUCCUACUACUACUACAGACCCCUGUUCGAGGCCUACCCCCCGCCGUACCCCUCUCCAUACGCAGCGGACCCGGGGACGGCCGCCCUCUACUACCAGGACGUGUACGGCCUGUACGAGCCCCGAUACCGGCCCUACGACAGCGCCGCGAAUGCAUAUGCCGAGGCCUACCGCUACCCGGAGCCCGAGCGGCCCAGCUCCCGGGCAAGUCACUGCUCGGACCGGCCUGCUGCCAGACCGGGGUACCCCGAAGGCUACUUCGAUUCCAAGAGCGGGUGGAGCAGCCAGAGUGACUACUAUGCAAACUACUACUCGAGCCAGUACGACUACGGGGACCUGGGUCGCUGGGACCGGUACCACUACAGUUCUAGGCUCAGGGAUGCCCGCGCUGGUGACCGAAGGUACUGGCAGGACGCCGAGUGCGACCCCUGCGGGAAGGAGAGCUGUGCUUAUGGGGGCAGGCCUGAGAAGUGUGAUGACUACUGGAGGUACGACCCUCGCGUCACGGGGAGCUUUGACGACGACCCCGAGCCCCCCAGAGACCCCUACGGGGAGGAGGCCGACAGGCGCAGUGUGCACAGCGAACACUCGGCCCGGAGCCUGCGCAGCGUGCGCAGCCUGCAGAGCCGCCGCAGCAGCCUGAGCGCGCACUCGCACCAGAGUCAGCUUUACAGAAGCCACGCUGUCAUGGGCGACGCCUACGAGGCCCCGCCCGCGCCAGGCUCCUUCCACGGGGAUUACGGGUACGGCACCUACGGCGGCAACGGUAGCAGCUUCCCGGAGUACAGCUGGCCCGCCAUGGAGCAAGUUCCAUCACGACCAAGCUCUCCAGAAAAGUUCCCGGUGCCUCACCUCUGCGCCAGGUUUGGUCCCGGCGGUCAGCUCAUCCGAGUGAUGCCAAACCUGCCCUCCGAGGGGCAGCCUGCGCUCGUGGAGAUCCACAGCAUGGAGACGCUGCUGCAGCACACGCCCGAGCAGGAGGAGCUGCGCGCGUUCCCGGGGCCUCUCGGCAAAGAUGACACCCAUAAAGUGGAUGUUAUUAAUUUUGCACAGAACAAAGCUGCACAGUGUCUGCAGAGUGAGAACUUAGUUGACAAGGAGUCUGCAGGUCUCCUGUGGGACUUCGUUGUCCUGCUGUGCAGGCAGAACGGGACCGUGGUGGGAACAGACCUCGCGGAGCUUCUGUUACGAGACCACAGGACCGUGUGGCUGCCGGGGAAGUCGCCCAGCGAGGCCAACCUCAUCGACUUCACCAACGAGGUGGUGGAGCAGGUGGAGGAGGAGCCCGCGGAGGCCCAGCUCUCGUUCCUCACCGACAGCCAGACGGCAGCCGCCGGCACGCUCGACAAGGAGACGGAGCGGUUCAGAGAGCUCCUGCUCUACGGUCGUAAGAAGGAUGCUUUAGAAUCUGCGAUGAAAAACGGUUUAUGGGGGCACGCGCUGCUACUCGCGAGCAAGAUGGACAGCCGGACACACGCCCGUGUCAUGACCAGGUUCGCCAACAGCCUUCCCAUCAACGACCCCCUGCAGACGGUCUACCAGCUCCUGUCCGGGCGCAUGCCCGCCGCGUCCACGUGCUGUGGAGAUGAGAAGUGGGGAGACUGGAGGCCGCACCUUGCUAUGGUUUUGUCCAACUUGAACAACAACACGGACGUCGAGGCCAGGACGAUGGUGACGAUGGGGGACACGCUAGCCUCCAAGGGCCUGCUGGACGCCGCGCACUUCUGCUACCUCAUGGCCCAGGUGGGCUUCGGGGUUUACACGAAGAAAACCACAAAACUGGUCCUGAUUGGGUCGAACCACAGUUGGCCAUUUCUGAAGUUUGCCACCAACGAAGCCAUUCAGAGGACCGAAGCCUACGAGUACGCGCAGUCCCUGGGCGCUCAGUCCUGCGCCCUGCCCAGCUUCCAGGUGUUCAAGUUCAUCUACUCGUGCCGCCUGGCUGAGCUGGGGCUGGCCACGCAGGCCUUCCACUACUGCGAGGUGAUCGCCAAGAGCAUCCUGGCGCAGCCGCACCAGUACUCGCUGGUGCUGGUCAGCCAGCUGGCUCAGGUGGCCUCCCAGCUGCGCCUGUUUGACCCUCAGCUGAAGGAGAAGCCGGAGGAGGAGGCCUUGGUGGAGCCCGAGUGGCUGGCUCGGCUGCGGCGGCUGGAGGAGCAGAUGAAGGAGGGCACCUCGCCGUGGAGCUGGGACGGGGCAGGCCCCCAGCGCUGUCCCAGCACCCCGGCCUCCGAGGCGGAGCCGUCCGGGAGCCCAGCGCUCAGCCAGCCGGCGGGGCUGGGGACCGACAACCCCCUGCUGGCUCCGCCGCCAGUGCCGGGCGCUGAGCACUCGGGCCAGGGUGUGCGGCUGCUGCCUUCAGCUCCACAGGUGCGCGCCGAGGGCCAGCUGGCCACCCCCGCCAGUGUGCUGCCAGCCCCAGGGCCCCUGGAGCCAGGUCCCAGCUACGGCCCCCCAGGCCCUGCACUCGGCUUCCCCGAGCCCCCCAGGCCCGAUCCCACAGCCCUGUACCUGGGGCCCGGCGUGUCUUCAGGCACACCGUCUCUGCCGGACAGCACGUGCCUGCCGCAGGAGCCCCGGAGCCAGGACCCAGGGAUUCUGUUGCAGGGAGCGCCUGCGAGAAGCUCGCUCACGGGGCUCCGCGAGGACUUCGGGGCAGAGUUUCAGGGCAGCCUGAGGACCGCGCCGGACUCCGAGGCGCCCAUGGGCUGGGACCGCGCCGACGCGGCCUCGGCACAGCCGCCUCCGCCUGUGACCCCCGCUCCCGAGACGAAGAGGCCCGCGCUCGCCGUGACGAAGCAGGGCAAGGAGGAGAAGAAGAGCGAGUCCUGGUUCUCGCGCUGGCUGUCGGGGAAGAGGCGGGUGGAGGCCUACCUGCCCGACGACAAGAACAAGUCGAUUGUCUGGGAUGAGAAGAAAAACCAGUGGGUGAACCUGAACGAGCCGGAGGAGGAGAGGAAGGCUCCGCCCCCACCCCCGACGGCGGCGGCGCCCCCCGGCCCCGGCAACGUCUUCUCCAGAAAAGCAGUGGGGCCCCGAGCCCGCUACGUGGACGUCCUGAACCCCGGCGGGGCCCCGCGCACCGAGCCGGCUCUCGCUCCUGCCGAUUUGUUUGCGCCGCUCGCCCCGCUGCCGAUCCCGGCUAACCUGUUUGUGCCGAACCCAGAUGCGGAGGAGCCACAGCCCCUGGACGGGGCCGGCAGGGAGGGGCAGGCGCCCGCCGGGGACCCGGGCAAUGCCGAGCCGGCUCUGGCUGCCAAGGUGCCGAGCGGUACGCUGUCGCCCCCCGGGUCCGAGCUCCCCCUUGGCCGCGCCGACGGCUCCCAGGGAGGCGAGCUCUCGCGCUGCAGUUCGCUGAGCUCGCUCUCGCGUGAAGUAAGCCAGCAUUUUCCUCAGCCCCCUGUAGGCGGCGCCCCCAGCGGGCCUGUGCCCUUCUACAACCCUGCCCAGCUGGCGCAGGCCCCCGCCGUCUCCGGGAGCUCCAGGCCAGGGAGGAUCGGCCAGAGGAAGUACCCGCCCUUGAACUAGCCGCGUCCACGCGGGUUCCAGAUGACCGUCGCCGAGAGCCCGCUGAGCACCUGUGGGCUCUGUCCCGAGAGGACCCGCCGGGCACCCCACGCCGCCGUGUCUGUGGCUUGCUGCAGAAGUGACUGGAGCCCUGGGGGCCGGCAGGCGCAGUGGGCGGCGCUCUGGGACCAGGGCAGCGCUGCCCUGGCCGUGGGAGCCUGGCGGGGUGACCGACCCAAGGACGUCUGUUCGGAGUCCGCCUCACCUUGCUCUCCGUAGCCGCGUUAGGGUCGUGGGGGUGGGCGCGGCCCCCACGAGCGCAGCAGCCGGGAGACAUGGCCGAGGGAGGGGCCCGGGAGCCGGGGGCCUCCUCGCAGGCUCCAGCGCCCUGGCCGGCGCUGUCAGCGACAGCGGCGCGGGGACCUCCGGGCUGGCUGGCGCCCCCGCCCCGCCCCGGCUGUGAGGCUCUGACUGUUGGCUGCGGCCAUCCUAGGCACCACCGGGCCCCGGAGGAGCGGGCGUGCGGGGGCCUGGGCCGUGUGCAGCUCCGGGCAGACGCCCCCAGCCCACCCGUGCCGGGAGAGCGGACGCCUGCGGGCCUGGCCGGCGGCUGCCCUUGGUGCCCGCUGCUGGGACAGACCUGACCUCUGCCCACGACUGCCCACGUUCAAGAAGCUUCCUCCUCACCACGGGAGCUGCUAUUUUUCCUAAAUGAAAAUGGUUUCACUGCAAAUUGUUAAAUAAAAUAUUUUGUGCUCUCUGCCUUCA